AUGUCGAACCCGUCCAAGGAGCGCAUUAACCCGUUGGAAGUCGAACACGCUGGACACAAACCCGUUGGACGUCAAACCCGUUGGACGUCGAACCCGUCCAAGGAGCGCAUUAACCCGUUGGAAGUCGAACACGCUGGACACAAACCCGUUGAACGUCAAACCCGUUGGACGUCAAACCCGUCCCAGGAGCGCAUUAACCCGUCGGAAGUCGAACACGCUGGACCCAAACGCGUUGGAUGUCGAACCCGUCCAAGGAGCGCAUUAACCCGUUGGAAGUCGAACACGCUGGACACAAACCCGUUGAACGUCAAACCCGUUGGACGUCAAACCCGUCCCAGGAGCGCAUUAACCCGUUGGGAGUUGAACACGCUGGACCCAAACCCGUUGGACGUUAAACCCGUUGGACGUCAAACCCGUUGGACGUCAAACCCGUUGGAUGAGGAAGUCGAACACGCUGGACCCAAACCCGUUGGACGUCAAACCCGUUGGAUGAGGAAGUCGAACACGCUGGACCCAAACCCGUUGGACGUCGAACCCAUCCAAGGAGCGCAUUAA